AUGUUGAUGGCGCGCGGCUUCUUCUUUUGGCCUUCUUCAUCAGGGCUGGCCGGCCUCUUCAGGAGGGAGCCGGACGAGAAUCUCCGCGUCCCUCUUCAUCCAUCCCUUUGGGGACAGGGACGCGAGGGGCGCGGGUGUGGAUGCGGCGGCGAGGGCGGCGGUAGCGGCGAAGGCGGUCCUGACUGCCGCGGAGGCGGCGGUGGCCGGGGUGACGGCGCUGGCGGCGGCGGUGGUGGUGGCAGCGGCAGCGGCGGCGGAAGAAGUGGCGGCGGCGGCGGCGGCGGCAACGGUGUCAGCCGCGGUGGCGGCAACGGUGGUGGUGGUGGCGGCGGUGACGGUGGUGGUGACGGCGGCGGUGACGGCGGCAGUUACAUUAUAUGCUGCUGCGGUCGUCGUCGUCGCCGUGUUGGUGUUCAAAACUGCGGCGGCGGGAGCCGCGGCGGCGGCAUCGGCGGCAGAGAGCGCCGCGGCGACAGCAGCGGCGGAGACGGCGGCGGCGGGCGCGUGAAAAACGCCCGUCGGCGUAGCAUACGCCGCUGGUGGCGUAUGCGUUUGGGCGAUGUCGGGGGAGGGGUGCGGGGGACCCGCACCUACCCCUUCCCGGGGGGGGGGCUCCAUUUCGGAGCCCGGACGACGCGCGGGAGUGGAGUCGCUCCCGAGCAGCCGAAGGAACAACGGGGCCGACUACCCAACCCCUUUUCACCGGUGAGACCCGCUGGUGGGAGGCCGGCUACUUGGGGGGUGCGAGCAAAUCAGUCCCGAAGUCCUGGCAGGGGUUUCCGCCGGGAGCUAUCCUCUCCUACGCAAAUAUUGUUUGCGGGGUGUUGGGGGGGCGUGGCUACGUCUUCCCCAAUCGCGGAAACUGAAGUCGGCUCGUACUCGAAGAAAUUGUUCUUGAAGCGACUGGCGAAUCCUAGUGAUUUUUUUAUCGUACGCGCCUCUUUUAUAUAAUUUCUACCUGUUCAUGCAUCACACUUUGGACGAGAUUACGGGCUCGACCAAUGAGAGUCGAGUAUUUUUUUAGUGGAGGGGAUGGAAGAGCGCUAUGGAAUCUAAGUAGUAUAAUUUUCAGUGGAGGGGAGGGCUCUGGUAAUCUGUCUGGCAUUCAGUCACUUUUAAUGUAUGGUACUAAAUAAUAGACGUAUAAGAAUAUUAAAAGUGGCCGAAGUUCUCUGUUGCAUUUUUAAUAAUUUUUCUGUGACGAUAUAUUAUUAAAACAUGCAAACAUUUUUGUUUUGUCCAUUUUUGUUUGAAAUCUAGACAGUUUAACUAAUAUACUUGAUCUACAAAAUAUAAAACAAUGUUUCCUGUCUAGACUAUUUUUAUUAUACUCGAUCUAGAAUAUUUAUAUUUAAUAUAUAUAUUAUAUUAAUAAGAUAAGGGAACGUACCCAUACUACGUAUAAAAGGAUCCAUUUUGUUAUCCCCGCCCCUCCUCCUUUUCUGUGAUCCUCUGAUUCUCUCUGCGAUAUUGUGUACGUGAUGAUGAAAUCCCCCCCCCCCCCCCCCCCCCCUAUGAUCAAGUGCGGUAUUUUAAAAGACUGACCCAUCCGCCUCUGAACGGGUCACGUAGUAUGGGUACGGUAAUUUAGUUUAUGAUGCCUAUAUAUUUAAUAAGGAAAAUUUCCAAGCGCUGUGGACGCCAAAGCGGCAGACAUAUGAAUAUGACUUCAAGGUAUAAAAUGUUGAGAAUUGUGCGGACUAUAACGCCUACUAGGCCCUGCCUAACAGUAUUACCAUUUCAAAGAUUUUUAUGAUUAUUACUUUUUCUCCAUACAAAAAAAUAAACAGUAUUUUUUUUAAAUAUGAAAAUGCACUUUUUAGCAAAAACCUUAUUAACAAAAGUCAAAGCUAUUGUUAAAAGGAGUAUGUAAAAAAAAAAUCAGCGUGAUAGCUGCACUUUGAUCCCUAAGUCCACCAUAUACGAUUUUCGAACCAGUGUGCGUACGUGAGUGGA